UCCUGGCGCGGUUUCCAUUUGCUUUUCCUUCUGCGGGCCCUGGCCGUACUUCAGCGGUGUGUAGACCGUGGUCUGUUCUUGUCUACCUGCUUGACUUUCUGCAGAGGUGCCUGUCAUUGACCCAAUAGCUCGCUGUCGAAAGUGCCGGCCCCCGCGCCGGCGCCGGCUGUAGCCGGGUGGGAAGGCUCAAGAUGGCGUGCCUGUUGGAGACCCCAAUCCGCAUGAGCGUCCUCUCGGAAGUAACAGCUAGCAGUCGCCACUAUGUUGACAGGCUAUUUGACCCUGAUCCCCAGAAAGUUCUACAAGGUGUCAUAGACAUGAAAAAUGCUGUAAUUGGAAACAACAAGCAGAAAGCCAACCUCAUUGUCUUAGGAGCUGUUCCAAGAUUGUUGUACUUGCUUCAGCAAGAAACCUCAAGCACAGAGCUGAAAACUGAAUGUGCGGUGGUAUUGGGAAGUCUUGCUAUGGGUACUGAAAACAAUGUCAAGUCUCUACUAGAUUGCCAUAUUAUCCCUGCCUUACUGCAAGGACUACUGUCCCCAGACCUGAAGUUCAUUGAAGCUUGCCUCCGAUGCCUGCGCACCAUCUUCACCAGUCCCGUCACUCCAGAGGAGUUACUGUAUACAGAUGCCACGGUGAUACCGCACCUCAUGGCGCUGCUGAGCAGGUCCCGCUACACCCAGGAGUACAUCUGUCAGAUCUUCUCACACUGCUGUAAAGGUCCGGAUCAUCAAACAAUUUUAUUUAACCAUGGUGCAGUUCAGAAUAUUGCUCACCUACUAACCUCAGUAUCUUAUAAAGUCCGAAUGCAAGCACUGAAAUGCUUCUCAGUUUUAGCAUUUGAAAACCCCCAGGUAUCGAUGACCCUGGUAAAUGUUUUGGUUGAUGGAGAAUUAUUACCACAAAUUUUUGUGAAGAUGUUACAGAGGGAUAAGCCUAUUGAGAUGCAGCUCACAUCAGCAAAAUGUUUAACUUACAUGUGUAGAGCUGGAGCAAUUCGGACAGAUGACAACUGUAUAGUGUUAAAGACAUUGCCUUGUUUGGUCCGAAUGUGCAGUAAGGAGAGAUUGCUAGAGGAGAGAGUUGAAGGAGCUGAGACACUCGCCUAUCUGAUUGAACCAGAUGUUGAGCUUCAGAGAAUUGCUAGCAUUACCGACCACCUCAUUGCUAUGCUUGCUGAUUAUUUCAAGUAUCCCAGCUCAGUGAGCGCCAUCACUGAUAUUAAAAGGCUUGAUCAUGACUUAAAACAUGCUCAUGAACUCCGCCAGGCUGCAUUCAAGCUCUAUGCCUCUCUCGGAGCAAAUGAUGAAGACAUCCGGAAGAAGAUCAUUGAGACUGAAAAUAUGAUGGACCGAAUUGUGACUGGCUUGUCUGAGUCUAGUGUCAAGGUGCGAUUAGCUGCUGUCAGAUGUUUGCACAGUUUAUCUAGAUCUGUGCAGCAGCUUCGAACCAGUUUCCAAGAUCACGCCGUGUGGAAACCUUUAAUGAAGGUUUUACAAAAUGCACCAGAUGAAAUUCUAGUAGUAGCAUCUUCCAUGCUAUGUAACCUUCUUCUUGAAUUUUCUCCAAGCAAAGAGCCGAUUUUAGAAUCAGGAGCUGUAGAACUACUUUGUGGAUUAACCCAAAGUGAAAAUCCUGCUUUACGAGUGAAUGGAAUUUGGGCUCUGAUGAAUAUGGCAUUUCAGGCUGAACAAAAAAUAAAAGCAGAUAUUUUAAGAAGCUUGAGUACUGAACAGCUAUUCCGGUUGUUAUCAGAUUCAGAUUUGAAUGUGCUGAUGAAGACAUUGGGACUUCUUAGAAAUCUCCUCUCUACUCGGCCUCAUAUAGAUAAAAUCAUGAGUACGCAUGGAAAGCAGAUUAUGCAAGCCGUCACUCUCAUUCUGGAAGGGGAGCAUAACAUUGAGGUCAAAGAACAGACACUGUGCAUCCUAGCCAACAUAGCAGAUGGGACAACGGCAAAAGAACUCAUUAUGACCAAUGAUGACAUCCUGCAGAAAAUCAAGUAUUACAUGGGCCAUUCGCAUAUCAAACUGCAGCUUGCCGCAAUGUUUUGUAUAUCGAACCUCAUAUGGAAUGAGGAGGAAGGUUCACAAGAGCGCCAGGAUAAAUUACGAGAGAUGGGCAUCGUAGAUAUUCUACACAAGCUGAGUCAGUCACCAGAUUCAAACCUUUGUGACAAGGCCAAGACGGCACUGCAGCAGUACCUGGCGUGACAGGAGCGCCCUGGGCACCUGCGAGCAUCCCCAUAUCCUUGUUAAAGGAAGUACAGGAACUAGCCUCAUUUGAUUCCUUCUAUUUGCACAAGUCACCUUGGACUGCAGGGAGCUGUUUUGCAAAAGCAAUUUGGUAGGCUUAGAUCUCAAAUUCAUCUUGAGAACAUAUUUUUGAGGUAGUAAUUUCCUCAGAGGACUAUUGUGUUUUGUUUUUUUGUUUGUUUGUUUUUCUGAGCUACCUGGACUCUUUAUUAGAACAAUCAAUCAUUUUUCUUUGGACCUACAAUUUUUUGCCUAUGCUGCAGCCACUUUGUGAGUGAGGAUGAAUGUAUGUGCACACACAGGUGUGUGUGUGUAUGUGUGUGUGUGUGUGCACGUGGGUCAGGAUGAAUGGAUGUGUGUGGGGGGAUACCUCAAGUUUUUCUUUUCUUAUUUUGUGUGAAAAUCUCUUUUCUACAGAUUUUCCAGGGUUUAAGCAUUGCUUGCUGUAUAAAAAACUUUACUGAAUUAUAUACAGUUUGAAUGAAAUGUUAUUUUAAAAACAAAACAAUUGUUAAGUGUUCCAUAAAGGUUAUGUUGAAUUUUGGUCAGAUGAAUAUUUGUAAGUAAAAAAUAUAUGCAUUUCUGAACCUCAACUUACAUAGAUUUUCUUUAUAAAAAAAGAAGAAAAAGAAAAAAAAAGAAAAGAAAAAAGAAAAAGAAGAGGUUGGUGAUAGUUGGCCUGAAUAAUAGGCACGAUAUAUGGUGCUGUGCAAAAUAGUAAGCUAGCAUCUUACUGCCGUCAAUAUCAGCCUAAUUCAAUAAGCUCUCAGGCUUCCAAGUCGGAUGGACAGGGCGGAAUAGAGUGAGGGGACAAAUUCACCAUAGGUGUUUUGAGACAUCAAAGGGAAAUAUAACUACUGAUAGCAAAAACCCAGCCGUGACUCUGGCGGGCUACCUUUGGCAGUCACGGGGCACCAGGAGCCUCCCAGCUGCCCCAAAUCCUGUCGUUGGUGUAGCAGUAUCUGGCAGAAUUUAGAACCAGUCAUGGAACCUUCUGCUCAAAUUAAAGUAGGUCAUCACUUCCUGGAAACAAAAUCCAAUCACCUUGUACUUCCGGAAACAGCGUCUCUCACUGUGAAACUAAAGAACGUUCCGCAGAUCCAUCUGUGGAAAGAAGCAAAUAACAGGAUAGUUUUAAAAGCUGUUUUUUCUCUUAGUUCACUCAGCAAUUCCAUAGUAGUCAUUCAGGACUGCUAUUCAGUGUCCUUUUGUAAAAUGGAAUAGAAAUUUUAGUAAGAGAUGCGGCUAAGAUCUUUUCCUGCGCGAAGUCCAACGCACUGAAGUUUGAGAGAAGGAAAGGGACUCUCCCCCAGGAGGACUGAAGAUGACUUCUUUUCACAGCGAGCACUGCUUAGCCCUUCUGCAACCCUUAGCUUGGCGCCUGCUCCAACUUCUGGGUCAGCUUCAAAGUGAACUCAACAGUGGUUGCUCUUGACUGUUUGAAGGUAGAACCAGCCUUCCUUUUCCCUUUGUAAAAGGUCAGCGGUAUGUGGCCCAGAAGCAAGGUCUGUGGCCCGGAAGCAAGGUCUGUGGCCCGGAAGCGAGGUCCAUGGCCCAGAAGCAAGGUCUGUGGCCCGGAAGCGAGGUCUGUGGCCCGGAAGCGAGGUCCAUGGCCCGGAAGCGAGGUCUGUGGCCCGGAAGCUUGCCGUGAGUGGGUGCCACUGACAGGUCCCAAGCACACCAGCCGCUCCCGGGGAGGAUGCUCGGCUGCAGCCACCCCACCACCAUCCUGUACCUUCCUUGGGAGAUUCAAAUAUGUUUGAUUGCAAAUGAAUGUUUUUAAAUGUAUUUAAUGCAAUUUUUCCUGUUCUCAACAUGACCACCCAAGAUUCAAACACAGAGAUUUCCAAGUUGUUAUUUUUUUCAGAACAUCACUGAUUUAAAAAUCUGUCACAACAGGGAUUUGGGUUUUGUGCAGCUAUCAGUGUGCUUAUGUGAGAAAGCCAGUUUAAAGAAAAUCUAGUUUAUUGGGAAUAAAGCCUUAUUUAGGCCCACUCCAUUGACUUUUGUAGCCCUGAGAAAAUAUCCUUGGUUGGCAUUUGUAACACAGAACACUAUAGAAUUGGUAUUUCAAAGUACCGGGUAAAUAUGAAGAAACCAAUUAUGAAUUGCUGAGACAAUCUUGAACCCAGGUAGCGUUAGAAAGCUGAAGGCCCAAUGAAAUAACACUUUCACACUUCAACUCUGUGGGUAAAUCUUGCCUGUGGCUUUAAACAGAUGCUCAGAGAAAAAGUGCUUUAAUUAACUCUUCUGAUUUGAAUGAAGGAAAAUGUAUUUAUUAAAACAAAGCUGUUUGCUGCUUUACACAGGUGCAGUGUUCAGUCAGCAAGGAGGUGGGAGGAAUGGGACCUUAUCUUGUGUCUCCACCCAAGUUCUUAACUAAGCUCCUCGCUCUAAUACUGCAUUCUGUUUCUCCUUUUGUGCCCUGAUUGUAACCGAAGACUUAUGAACUAGAAAAGAAUGUCCAAUUUAAUAAGUUGCAUUUUUUUUCUUAAGCACUUUAUGCAGAACAAUACAUGUUCUUCUGGUAGUGUUUGGAUAAUAUGAUUUUAACACAUGCUAAUAAAAGCCAAGAAAGAUCAUG